AUGCCGAUCUCCUCGCUGGGCUCCCUCACUCCCCGGGUGUCGGGGAGCGCCUGGGUCGCACCAGGCGCGCAGGUGGUGGGAGAUGUGCGGCUGGGUCAGGAUGUGGGCGUGUGGUUCAACUGCGUGCUCCGAGGGGAUGACUCGCACAUCGAGGUCGGGGAUGGGACCAACAUCCAGGAUUUGACCAUGGUGCACUUGGAUGAGGGCCUCCCUUGCAUCAUCGGUCGGAAGGUGUCUGUCGGGCAUGCCUGCGUGCUGCACGGCUGCACGGUGGAGGACGAGGUCCUGGUGGGCAUGGGCGCGAUCAUCUUGAACAAGGCGGUCAUCGGUCGCGGAAGCGUGGUCGGAGCUGGGGCACUGGUCUUGGAAGGCAUGAAGGUGCCGCCCUUUUCCCUGGUGGUGGGCUCACCGGCUCAGGUGAAGAAGACGUACAGCGAGACCGAACGGCUGCAAGCACAGCAUCGGCAUGCAGAGAAGUAUGCCAAGAAAGCAGCGCGGUUCCGUCAAGAGAUGGCCCUUGUUGACAAGGGCGACGACCAGACGGCGAACAACAUUACGUUGGACAUCAUAUUGGCCGUGGCGUGCGGAGCAUUGGUUCUUGCUGCGCUUUGCGCAGCUCGACGUGGCUAA